UUAUAGAGCAUGGGGUUUUGGCUCAACCCGAGCACAACUGAAAUUCCGGAGUUACGCCAGUAAAUCGAUUUGGGGUUUCAAAUUGAGCUAAAAGCUCAUCAGAAAAAUGGACAACCUAUCGAAUGCGUUUUCGGUGCUGGAGAUUGACGUUGAAGACCAUCAUCCCCCUUCCGCUUCCAAAGUUCCAGGUAAGAGCAAAGGGAACGGCAAGGGCUCAACUGAAUUGAAACCGGCAUCACUUUCCGAGAACUACAAGUUACCCCUUGUGUGGAUUGACUUGGAAAUGACUGGUUUGGAUAUUGAGUUUGAUAGAAUAUUGGAGAUCGCUUGUAUAAUUACAGAUGGAAAUCUUGUCAAAUCAUUGGAGGGACCUGAUCUGGUUAUUCAUCAAUCUAAAGAGUGUUUAGAUAGAAUGGGGGAAUGGUGUCAAAAUCAUCAUGCAGCUAGUGGAUUGACAAAGAAAGUGCUUCAAAGUACAAUUAGUGAAAGAGAAGCUGAAAAACAGGUCAUAGAAUUUGUGAAGCAAAAUGUCGGUACAUACAGACCUCAUUUAGCAGGAAAUUCUGUUUAUAUGGAUUAUCUCUUUCUAAAGAAAUAUAUGCCAGAUUUGGCUAGUCUCUUCUCUCAUGUAGUUGUUGAUGUGAGCAGUGUAAGGGCUCUUUGCAUUCGCUGGUAUCCAAGAGAUCAAAAGAAAGCCCCUGCCAAAGAAAAGAAACACAGAGCCAUGGAUGAUAUCAGAGAGAGCAUAUUAGAACUCAAAUACUUCAAGGAGACCAUUUUUAAAGGAAAGUCUAAUAAGUGAAUGUCAAUUGCUUUUGGAGACAAUUUGAUACAAUAGCUUUGCUACUCUUUGUUGACAACACAUUAGGUGAUUCAAGUUUUAAUAUAAUAACUGUGAUAUGUAAAAUUAUAUUUGGUAAUCGACC